AUGUUCCAGCUGAGCAACAGUGUGACCCAGCUGAGGAUCCACCAGCGCUCCCACUCCUCCCGGCUCUUCCCCUGUGAUCUGUGCUCCAAGGCGUUCGGCUCGGCCUCCGGUCUGCAGUCUCACCGGAGCAACCACGGCCUGGAGCGCCGCUUCCUGUGCGCUCAGUGCGGGAAGCGGUUCAAGACCCGGCACGGCCUGGAGGGUCACCUGAGGACGCACAGCGGGGAGCGCCCCUUCACCUGCCCCCACUGCCCCAAGGACUUCACUGCCCUCGCUGGGCUCAACGUGCACGUGAGGCGCCACACAGGUGAGCGCCCGUACGUGUGCACGGUGUGUGGGAAGGGCUGGCCGUCAGGAGGAGACCUGCAGAAACACAUGAGGAUGCACACGGGCGAGCGGCCGUACCGCUGCCAGGACUGUGGGAAGGCCUUCUCCAUUUCCUGUCACCUGACCGAGCAUCGCCGCAUCCACACAGGUGAGCGGCCCUUCCCCUGUCCUCAGUGCGGGAAGUGUCUCCGCAGGAAGUUCGACCUGGAGAAGCACCUGCUGUCUCACAGCGACGUACGACCGUACGGCUGCUCCUCCUGCA